AUGGAAAAACCACCCGAAGAACCAUCACAUUCACAAGACCCAUUGCGAGAUCACCACACGUGGAUAACUGCACAAGACAUUCUCAGGGAAAAGCUGAUCUUAGAGGACAGUUUCGCAUGGAAAUUGCCCACCACAGGCGCAUCACCAAGUGAAACUGAUUCCAACAAGGGAGAAGAAUUGAGAUACGUUGGUGGGGUUGACAUAAGCUUCUUUAAGGAUGACCCAUCACAGGCAUGUGGCACCCUUGUGGUCUUGGACUUCCACACACUCCAAGUUCUCUAUCAGGACUUCUCUUUGGUCACCCUUCAAGUCCCCUAUGUGCCCGGCUUCCUCGCAUUUAGAGAGGCCCCAGUUCUUCUACAGCUUUUAGAGAAAAUGAAAAGGAGUGAUAAUCCUUACUACCCUCAGCUGUUAAUGGUUGAUGGAAAUGGAAUACUUCAUCCCCGAGGCAAUGGAAAGGGCAGUUUUGGGCUAGCCUGUCAUAUUGGAGUUGAGGCCAAUCUCCCAACAAUUGGGAUUGGAAAGAAUUUGCAUCAUGUGGAUGGUCUUACUCAUUCUAGUGUGAGAAAAAUUCUUGGAGAUGAAGACAACUCUUCUAAAGAUGUUAUUAAUUUGGUGGGUUGUUCUGGGCGUAUAUGGGGAGUGGCCAUGAGAUCUUCACAGGGAUCCAUAAAACCAAUAUUUAUAUCAAUUGGUCACAGGAUAUCACUUCAUACUGCUAUUAUGAUUGUUCAAAUGACUUGCAAGUAUCGUGUGCCUGAGCCUAUUAGACAGGCUGACAUAAGAUCUAGAGACUACAUUCGGAAGCUUGAAAUGAAUGGCAAAGUAACGUAA